CGAAAAGGACACAAAGCGAAACCGUCACCCUCGUACGGUACAAGAAGAUYACCAACCUUUUGAUCAACACUCAACAACCGCAUGAACUCAUCGUCUUUCCGUAUCACGGUACAACCGUAUUAGAUAUUAGAUAGUUCAUCAUGGCGAGGCUCCCGACCACCAAACUGGCCGUACUGGCACUCCUCGGCUUUUGUGCUCUUGUGAUCGGCAGCAUCGUAUUGACCUUUCAAUUGCUGGUCAUCGAAGAGAAGAAACAGCGAGGCUUGCUUGGUCAACAAAAAAUUCUCAAGAGCAACGUCAAAAAUACGCACAGUCCCACCAGUAGAUCUGCUGAGGCAGCGGGACCUUCUCCGACAGAUUUCGAAAAGAGACUCAAAACGAGCAAAUACACCGUCAAACAAUCUCUACCGACGGGUGCCUUCGACAUUCGAUUGUGGAACAUCUUUCCAGCACCGGAAGGUGGAAACUACAAGACAAUUGGAGAGGCUUAUUGGCGGCAGGUUCAAGCCUUUCUAAGAAACUGGAAAGACGCUGCUGUGUAUCCUCCGGAUCCAUCCGAUUACCUUACCUACUCCACCGACUGGAUGGUUCGAAAAUCCUCUGAGUAUCGCGGGACGCAUUUUGGAAGCCAAAACAAAACCAGCGGCAACGAUGCCUAUCACUUUUACCCCCGGUUGGCCCUGGAAAGAGCAGCCGAAGCAGGACACCCAAUGGCACAGCACUACCUAGCAAAUGCACACUCGAGUGGAAUUUGGCCCGUUCCGGCAACGGGUGGAGGAGAAAAAUAUGAUUCUUCCCGCCAAGAGUCUCCCUUUGCUUCGCUAGUGAAAGAUUUACAUGUUUUCGAUGAAUGGCUUCCGACCUCGGGGGAACAUAUUCGACAAAUCGACAAGGCCUAUCUCUUGUGGCACAUGGCAGCCGUGGGAGGAAACAUCGAAUCGGCGAUGGCCUUGGCCUAUCGGCUCGACGAGACUGUUUCGAUGACCGAUCCAAGUACCAGCAACGGUGAUACAUGCGAAGAAUCGCUUCCGUAUUAUCAGGCAGCUGCCGAUGGCAUUAUCGACCAGCUGGAAGUGUCACUGCAUUCACGUGCGAAGGUGAUUCCCCCGAUGGACAAACACACGCUUGCACAAGUCCACAUGCAUGGAGGAACAUCCUCGCAAUUGGAUUGGAACAACAAACCAGAUGAAUCCGAAGAGGCCUUGCAAUUUUAUCAUCUCAAGGCUACUACAGUCCCGUGGUCUAUUAACAAGAAGUCUAGCUCUGAAGAUGAGAAAAAAGAUGAGAAAAGUAAGGUAAAAAAGAAAUCGGCAGCCGACGUCCAGGAGGAAGAAGGAAUCGAUAUACUAGCUGCAUUCACUCUAGCCCAUUUUUACCACCACGGGAUGAGAGGCGUGGAGCAAAAUCUGACAAAGAGUGUUCAAUACUAUGAAAUCGCUGCCAAGCAUGGGCAUUGGGAAUCCGCAGGACACGCUUGCAUCUUCCAUUUGUGGGGAAUCGGUGUGGAACAAAACGCAUACAGGGCGAUGAAAUUCUGUAAGAUCGGUGCGCCAUUUGGAUACGACGGAUGCUUGCAAAUGAACAAGAGAUCAAAAGAUGCAAAGAAUAGAGGAAUAACCGAUCCAGACAUCACAACGUGCGACGAAAAUGCUCUAAACGGGAUGGGGUUGUUGAAUCUGUUGGGAAUUCAAAACGUUCUUCAGGUAGAUUUACCACUGGCCGAAAAAUAUUUUACCCUCGCCAAAGAAACGGGGAGCGUUGAUGCCUACUACAAUCUAGCAAUGAUGUGGCUUGGGUGGAAGACGCAUUUUAAAACAGCGAAUGAAUUGAAAGAAGAUGGGUUUACAUCCGACCAACUGAGUGCGAAAACAGCUUUGCCUAUUGAGGGACAAACAAAAGAGUCGAGCGAAAAGUUUGUCUUAUACAAGGCCGAAGUCGGUGACAAUAUGUUCUACAAAGGCCCUAUACAAUCCGAUGUGCAAAAAGCCUUAAAGUUGCUUGAGGCUGCCGCCAAACUCGGUCACGUGCAGUCGAAACAUCGAUUGGGUUCAAUUUAUGCAAAAGGCCUCAACCACACGACCAGUCUCAUCCAGUUUAAUUUCGUUAAGAAAGACUGCAAACUUGCAAAACAGCACUUCAAAUGGAUAGUAAAAAAUGCGUCGUCGAGUCUGUCGAACCGUUUGAGAACGGCAUACAAGGAAUAUGUUGCAGGAAAUUUCGAGGUCUCUGUCCGCAAUUAUCUUGCUGCUGCAGAAGUAGGGUCUAUUUCUGGACAAGUGAAUGCUGCCUUUCUGAUGGAACGCGGAGUUUGCUUGGGUCUUGAUGCAGCGGACUGUGCAAAGGCGGCGGUUCGGCUGUGGAAGGUGGCUGCAGCAAGAGGAAAUGCUGAGGCUUGUCUUCGAGUCGGUGAUUUCUACUAUUAUGGACGACUGCACGGAGAAAGGCUACACAACGGACCCUUCGGAUGGAUCCAAUACUAUUUGUUCCCAGAAAAAUAUCUACCAAUAUUGCUCAAAGAAAGGAUCGCUGAGGUACUCAAUAUUGCACAAAAUUACGUUGUGGGCAAGGGUGAAUACAAUCGAGCUUUAAAGUCUUCGACUUCCUCGUCAGGGACAACGUGUGGAGCGAAUGGAGAAGGCUCUUGCCCUAACGACAACAAAUCCAACGAGGGAACUGACUCUUUCUCGAAGAAGGAUUUUUCUCAUGAAAUGGAGGAAGACCUUCACACCGCUGCCCACUACUACCAAAUCGCUGGGGAGAAGCACCAAAGUGCACGAGCAAAUUUCAACCUUGGGUUCAUGCACCAAUGGGGACUAGGACUAAAGCAAGAUUUUCCAAUGGCAAAAAGACAUUAUGACUUGGCGCUUAGCAAGAAUUUACGUGAGGCUGAAAUAGCAGUUCAGAUUGCUUUGAUGGCAAUGAAUGCCCAUGAAUUUGUAAUCCGGUGUAAGGUAUUCAUCGAGGACUGGUGGUACCAACGCGACACUGUGAACACGAAAAGUGACUCAACGUCAAACAUGAAAAGCGCMACAACACCAUCAGAUUCAGCUCCUGAUGCUCUGAAACCUACACGUGGCGUAGGACAUGCACCAGGUUCAUCUCCCAACAAGAAAAAGACCAGAGAAGAGAUAAUAGCGGCCCACAUUUUCAAUCGGUCGUCGUUGAUCAUCGUGAUCCUCUUCUUGCUCUUACUUCUUAUCCAAUUAUUAAUGUCUUUCGUUGGGCGCCCUCAAAGAUAACGAUGAUGAAAACGUAUAGAACAACGCCAAGUACUAAAGUUUGCAGAAACGUUUACGAGAAACCAAAAAGUCAAAUCAAAUAGGUUGAUAUUG